AUGAAGCCUUUAUCUAUAAUAUGGCUAUUAGUGAUCAGCGUGAGCUUAGUGUGGGUUUUGUGCGUGCAAUUGAGCGCUAGUGCUGGAAUAAUAGCUUCGGGUGACGGAGCAAUUAUUGGUGGGCAGGACUCACCUGACAAACUUUAUAGACCGAGACAGAAUAUAGUGGUGGUCAAGAGAGAUAGCACUGAUCCUUCAAGUACUGAGGGUGCUAGCGCAAAUCCAGAUAGUGCUGAUAACACAAAGCCAAAAACGAAAGAUAAUACUGAUCCUAAGAAUGAUAACACAAGUCCAACGGAAGAUACCGCAAGCCCAACGAGCAAUAAAAAUGAAAAAAGUCAAAAGAGUGAUAAUACCAAUCCUCAGGAUGAUAACACAAGUCCAACGGAAGAUACCGCGAGCCCAACGAGCAUUAAAGAUAAAAAAAUUCAAACGAAUGAUAAUACUUAUCCUCAGGAUGAUAACACAAGUCCAACGGAAGAUACCGCGAGCCCAACGAGCAUUAAAGAUAAAAAAAUUCAAACGAAUGAUAAUACUUAUCCUCAGGAUGAUAACACAAGUCCAACAGAAGAUGCCGCAAGCCCAACGAGCAUUAAAAAUGAAAAAAGUCAAAAGAGUGAUAAUACCAAUCCUCUGGAUGACAACACAAGUCCAACAGAAGAUGCCACAAGCCCAACGAGCACUAAAGAUAAAAAGAUUCAAACUAAGGAUAGCACAGAAUCAACGGAUAGUAUAAGCAUUGAGGAUACUGUUUCAACGAAAGAUAACACAGGCCCAACAAGCACUGAUGAUAGCACAAGCCCGACAAGUACUGAUGACGCAAACACGAAGGGCGCUAAAAACAAAAAAAUUCAAACGA